AAGAAAUGACAUUUGUAAAACAUAUAAACCUGAGGUGCUGCACAGCUCGUAACAUAAACAUAAACAAAAAUAAAACGAAAAUGUGUAAAACGUAGAGCUGAAUCUGCUAAAUGUUCGACAAAUUCGGGGCUCAUUGGAUUUAAGAUGCCGUUUAUCAAACCAGUGAAGUCAUUGUAUGACACUUGCAUAAAGACCGUUCACGAUGUGAUUUAUUCGUACAGCACUCACCUAGAAAAAGAUCGAAUCGACAAUCGAUCUGUGAAAAUAGCCGACCUAAAUGGAUUUUUGACCAAAACGAUUCCAACGCAAAUCCUGGACGACAUAUUACUGUGCCACCAAACCGCCAAGAAUGAGGACCUAACUUUAUCAACGACCGAUUCGUAUUACUCAUACUAUUUCUACAGAGCCGUGCUGCACGGAAAUGUUCAAAAGUUUCAGGCCAAAAACCACCGUCUGACCGUAUCGUAUUGGAAAUGUCUGUUCAAGACAUCGUUCAUCAAUGUCAAAGUUCUGAACUUAGCGCUCAGUUGCAACGACGCAAUACUGAAAAUGAUUCCGAAAUACUGUCCGAAUCUGGAGUGGUUGAAUGCGACAUGCAAAUAUGAACGGGUGAACCAGGGAGGCAAUGCUACAUCGUUUACGUUAUCGGUGACGGAUGUUGGUUUGGCGUGCCUGUGCAAUUGUAGGAAAUUGAAAAUUUUAACUAUCAACGAUCCACGCAGUGCCGUUCGGGGCCUAAGGAACAGUAUUACAUACGACGGUAUACGAAAGCUGUUGAGGGAGGUGAAAACUCUCGAAGAUAUAACGUACAGUGACCUGGGUACGGUCAUUGCCAAAAAUAUGGAUGAUGUCGAGGCACUGAACAUAAACAUUCUGCGACAUUUCAAUGCCACCAAGGCAAGCCUAUUCGAGAUUUUUCGGCUGUGCAAUAACUUGCAGGAGCUGUACCUCGUGUUCUUCAAAUAUGAUGAUCAGCAGGGUGUGAUGGACGAAUUGCUGAAUUCGAGCUACUGUCUGCGCGCCUUAGAAGUGCAGAAUCUGAAUUGUGGCAACAGUUUCGUACCAUUUCUCGAGAAGAUCGGUGCCAGUCUCGUUUUCCUAUCAAUAUCCAACGAGUAUGAAGGGAUCACAUUCGCUGAUCUGAUAACAAUCGGUAGACUGUGUCCGAAUUUGAAAUCGUUCGGUUGCAGCACCAUCGACAAUCGUAGCGACCACUUCAUUCAACGACCGGUGAACAUCAACCAGUUCCAGCAUUUGGAGAAUCUAUUCAUCAACGGGCUGGCACUGGAUUUGCUGAAUGUCAUCCGAUUUGUGACGGGGAAUGCGCGUAAUUUUAAGAAUUUUAAAUUAGAAGAAAAACUGAAUCGGACUAAUGUCGACCAUUUGUUCGACGAGAUACCGUUGCCGGAAAAUGUUCAACACAUCGAAAUGGGCCGUAAAUUAGAGUUUAGUCGUGCGGGUGUGAAACGGUUAAUUGACCGGUUCGUGAAUCUGACGUAUUUGAGUGUUUAUUCGGACGAAGAUUGUGGUGAUUUAGUUCAGUGUUAUCGCAACGGAAAUUACGAUUUCACGUUCAUCAACAAGAAGAACAAUCCACUGUUCUGAGACGACGAUCAACUGACUGAAUCAAUUGAGUGAAUUGGAUAAAUUCAUGAGAGAUAUUUCUACAUGCCAUGAUUCCCAAGGUCGUGAACCUUGGUGAUUCCAACCGUCAUCGAAUGACCGGAAUUAAAUUGCUGCUCCAAAUUUUUCUAUUAUCAGAAAUUUCGCUUUUUCCUUACUUCCUUCCGUGCAAUUGACUGUAUGAAUGUUAUGAGUGUAGUCACAAAGCCAAAAUAAUUUUUAAGACAAAAAUAAAUGGAAAAUUUCCUCCAAGAAGCAAUGUACUUUACUUUAGCUCUCAUUGAAAGCAAACAACUUGAACCAACAA